UUGUGAUCCAACGGCUCACAAUCUAAGUGGGCACUCGAUAACCUCGUGCAUCCGGACGGCGUAUGAUAGCUUUUAACCCCUGAAAGUGGUUAUCGUUCUCCCCAGGAUGCGCGUUACUCCUCCCCGCCAGUUCCACAGUUUCGUUCUCUUUCUUUGAUUCUCUGGCCCUUUUUUUGACCGUUAAAUACACAUUUCAGGUUCUCAGAUCGAGCUCCAGGUAAAACUUGGAGGGAUUCGAGAUCUUAUAUCGGUCUUUUCGACCGUUGGAAAUGGAUGGAUUAAGUUUGUGCGAUGAGGUGUUUUGUGGGUUUUAUCUACUUUUGAGAGAUCCAUACGAGAUCUGUGAGUUUCAGGGGAUUCCGAUGGGUUGGAGAUCACGGCUACAUUGGGAAAUUUAGUUUUCAAGUAAAGUUCACUGCGUUUAGUUUGGAGCUUUAUUUAUGUUUUAUGUUUCAACUGGGGCAUUUUGCCUCCUCUAGGAGUUUAUGUUCAUUCUGUUGGGGUUUUGCUGUCCUUUUGAAAGUAAAGACAUUACACUCGCAACGUCCCAUCUGGGUUCUUUUUUUUCCAUUUCAGCCAUCUAUCAAGGAAAUAAUGUCAGAAGGAACAAGCGUAGUUAUGGAAUCUUCUGAAAAUGGCACAGAUUUAUCUCAAGAUGAUAUCGGCACCAUAGAGGGAACACCUGACAACACAAUUUUAUCGCGACAAACAUCUGUGAACCUUGUUCCAUUUAUAGGGCAGAGAUUCAUUUCCCAAGAAGCCGCUUAUGAAUUUUAUUGCAGUUUUGCAAAACAAUGUGGCUUUUCGAUUAGACGCCAUCGUACUCGAGGCAAGGAUGGGGUUGGUCGGGGAGUUACGAGAAGGGAUUUUGCUUGCCAUCGUGGUGGAUAUCCACAGAUGAAACCAUCUGAAGACGGAAAGAUGCAGAGAAAUCGUAAAUCAUCACGAUGUGGUUGUCAAGCAUAUAUGCGUAUUGUUAAGCGGGCAGAUUUUGAAGUCCCUGAGUGGCGUGUUACAGGAUUUAGCAACAUCCACAACCACGAACUUCUGAAACCCCAAGAAGUACGUCUCCUUCCUGCCUACUGUACCAUAUCUCCAGAUGACAAGAUUCGGAUUUGCAUGUUUGCAAAAGCUGGAAUGUCAGUACGACAAAUGUUGAGAUUAUUGGAGCUAGAGAAAGGCGUUAAGUUGGGAUGUCUUCCAUUUACAGAAAUAGACGUCAGAAAUCUUUUACAGUCUUUUAGAAAUGUUGAUAAGGAUAGUGAUUCUAUUGAUCUUAUUGCAAUGUGUAAGAAACUAAAAGAUGAAAAUCCUAACUUCAAGUAUGACUUCAAAAUAGACAGGCAUAACAGGCUGGAACAUAUUGCAUGGACUUAUGCUUCCUCAGUUCAGUUGUAUGAAGCAUUUGGAGAUGCGAUGGUUUUUGAUACAACCCACCGCCUGGAUGCCUAUGAUAUGCUGUUAGGCAUUUGGCUUGGAGUGGACAACCAUGGAAUGACAUGCCUUUUUGGUUGUGUGCUUCUACAGGAUGAAAAUAUGCAGUCCUUUUCCUGGGCACUGAAGACAUUUUUGGGCUUCAUGAAAAGAAAGGCUCCACAGACAAUAUUAACUGACCAUAACAUGUGGCUAAAAGAGGCUAUUUCUAUUGAAAUGCCUGAAACCAAACAUGCCUUUUGCAUUUGGCACAUCGUCGCGAAGUUUUCAGAUUGGUUUUCAGUACUGCUUGGAUUACGUUAUGAUGAUUGGAAAGCUGAGUUUUAUCGGCUCUAUAACCUGGAAUCGGUGGAAGAUUUUGAACUGGGGUGGAGGGAAAUGGUGAAUAAGUAUGGACUCAAUGCAAAUAAGCACAUUGCCAGUUUGUAUGCAUUACGGACAGUUUGGGUUAUAUCAUUCUUGCGACGGUACUUCUUUGCGGGAAUAAUGAGUACAUGUCAGUCAGAGUCGAUUAAUGCUUUCAUCCAACGGGUUUUGAGUGCGCAGUCUCAGCUGGACCGUUUUGUAGAGCAAGUAGCUGAAGUCGUUGAUUUUAAUGACCGGGUUGGAGCAAAGCAAAAGAUGCAAUGGAGACUGCAGAAAAUGAUCCUCAAAACAGGUUCACCAAUUGAAUCCCAUGCUGCCAGUCUUCUUACUCCCUACGCCUUUGGUAAACUCCAAGACGAGCUUGUGUUGGCACCGCAGUAUGCCUCUCUUCCAAUUGAUGAAGGUUGUUUCCAGGUCAGACACCAUACUCAGAUGGAUGGAGGGUGCAAAGUGAUUUGGGCUCCUUGUCAAGGGCACAUCAGCUGUAGCUGCCAUCAGUUUGAAUUUUCAGGCAUCCUAUGCAGACAUGUUCUACGUGUCCUGUCAACUAAUAACUGUUUUCACAUUCCAGAUCAAUAUCUACCCACCCGUUGGCGAGUUGUCAGUUCCUCUUCUACCAACCCCUUCCAGACUGCAACUACAAGAGAGCAUUCUGAGAAAAUUCAGUUAUUAGAGUCCAUGGCUUCAACACUCAUAACAGAAUCAAUUGAAAUGGAGGAACGACUUGAUGUUGCCUGUGAGCAAAUUGCCAUAGCAUUAUCACGUGUUAAAGAACUUUCUAGGUCGACACAUGGUAUGAAUGAGAUUUCCUAUAAUUGUCCAUCUGAUUCAUUGAUCCUACCAGAGGUGGAAGAUGCUGAUGGAAUUGUUCGGAGUUUUACGAUCGGUCAUCCUCAUGAUUCGAUCACUUUAGGAAAGAUUAAAGAGAGAAGGCCAAAAGAUGGAACUGAGAUUACCAGAAAACGAAGGCACUGUUCUUGCUGUGGGCAUUUUGGACAUGAUGGAUCAGCUUGUUCAAUAAUGGGAGAUGAUGAUUUGCAUGGAGAUGCACUAGGGUACUUGUAAUGCAUCACUGCAAACGGUAUUUAUUAGAUGUAGAAAAAAUAGUGUCGCCUAUCUUGGUGUCCAUUACCUCUUUGCAAGGUGCUUUUUUCCUCUCUCUUUUUCUCCAUUCAAGAUUCGCUGAUACAAAAAAUUUUGUUACAUCCUACUAAAGAUCUGCACCACAUUGUAAUUACAUUGAUAAACCUUCAAGUUAAGGUUUAACUUGACAUUCCUGAUAUGGUGAAUUUCACAGGCAAGAAAAAAUGACACACUGGUAACAUGUUGAGUUCAUACAUAAAGUGAACCCCCUUAAAAUCAUCUGUUUUAGGCUUUUACCUAUAAUAGAUCUUACCAUAUUAAAGUUUACUGUAUACUUAUUCUCUCGCUAGUUCCCUUUGAUCUCUGUUUAGCUUAUGCCCUGUUGUGCACUAUUGCACCUUAACCUUGCUUUGCUUGGAAUUUAGGAACCAAGAAUCUGCUGGUUCAGAACGUAUGAGAAGAUUUAAAUCCUGUGUAUAUCUUCAAAUGAUUGCAGAUGUGUCAAUUUGCUUAGAUUUGGCAUAAAUUUGAUUUAAUGUAUGUCUAGUCUCUUGUUUGACCAUCAUUAACUACUUCACAGCUUUGGCAUCCCAUGUUUUUUGCUUCUGAUUCUCAAUUCCUUGUGAGGUUUUUAAAUGGUAAGCACAUUUGGUCUGGUUCUGGUGAAUGGGAUAGAGGUCGCCUUUUUUUCUUAGGCCUUGAAAAAUGGGAUUGCGAAAUAUCAAUACUAUGCAACUGACCAAAUCUUUUAACUACUGGGUUUUUAUUUUUGUCCAUGUCAGAACUUAGGGGAACUCGAUUGAAAUGAUAUCAACUUACGAUAGUCAAUGACAAUGGGAAGCAUAUAAUUUGCAGUUCCUUUCUGAAACCUUUCAAAUUUCACGCUGCAUUUGAGGCUUUGAGCGAUCGAAUAUGGUUUUCUGCCUGUUGUUUCUCAGAUCAAGUUGAUAAAAAUAUAUCUAUAUUGACGGUAUACCUGGUUUAUUAUUAUAUACAUGUAAAAUUCCCACACUACAUCACUUUCUACAUCACAACAUUAUAAGGAUGACACUUUUGCAUUUUGUGGUCUUGGACUCCAAGACACUUUUUUUUUUUUUUUUUUUUUAUAAUCAAAAUGGUG